GAGCCGCUGAAACAAGACAGCAGUCGAGCCCAUCCGCUCCUCGACAGCAACGCCCAGCGAGCCAGCAGGCCGGAGCAACCGACAGCGGCUCCAUCAUUCGUCGAGCCACAAGCGCCGAGCAACGUUUGGCCAAAGAAGCGGCCCCUCGUUGCGCAACAGCGCAAGCGGAGCGUUGCGCCUGUGACAAAACAUAAGACGCAACCCGUUUUUCUCUCUCUCUCUCACGUCCACCACACGCGGCCAUCAUUUCUUACAACAAGGACGAAACGGACGGGAGCGCAAGACUUCACGUGAAGCUCGAUUCCGCCCUCUUUGCACACGCCCAUUCUCUCGCUCGUUUCGCCGUCUUCUUCUCACAUUCUUCGUCUUCGUUUUGCGUCCAGGCCUCUUUUUGACCGGUCAGCACCACCCGCCCCCAGCUCAGCGUUUUACCCCACCAAAAAGCGUCCCGCCCGUCAUUUUCGCCUACAGGUGCGAUCCUUUUCGUCUGCCAGCGCACGGCAAAUUCUCCGCCCGAAAUACGAACAGCCGCUCAAGGAUCAGGAUGGGCGAUUUGCAAGGACGGAAAGUGUUCAAGGUGUUCAACCAGGAGUUCGUGGUCGACGAUCGCUACAAUGUCACCAAGGAGCUAGGACAGGGAGCUUACGGUAUUGUCUGCGCCGCGCAGAACAACACCACCGGCGAAGGCGUCGCGAUCAAGAAGAUCACCAACGUCUUCAGCAAGAAGAUCCUCGCCAAGCGAGCGUUGCGAGAGAUCAAGCUUCUUCAGCACUUUAGAGGCCAUCGAAACAUAACAUGUCUGUACGACAUGGACAUUCCGCGUCCGGAGUCAUUCAACGAGUGCUAUCUGUACGAAGAACUGAUGGAAUGCGAUCUGGCGGCCAUCAUCCGCUCCGGCCAACCGCUGACUGACGCCCACUUCCAAUCUUUCAUCUACCAGAUUCUCUGCGGUCUCAAGUACAUUCACAGCGCAAACGUGCUGCAUCGUGAUCUCAAGCCGGGUAACUUGCUCGUCAACGCCGACUGCGAGCUCAAGAUCGCCGACUUUGGUCUUGCAAGGGGCUUCUCGAUAGACCCGGACGAGAAUGCGGGAUACAUGACCGAGUACGUGGCAACGAGAUGGUACAGAGCUCCCGAGAUCAUGUUGAGCUUCCAGAGUUACACCAAAGCUAUCGACGUAUGGUCGGUAGGCUGCAUCCUCGCCGAACUUCUGGGCGGCAAACCAUUCUUCAAGGGACGCGACUACGUCGACCAGCUCAACCAGAUCCUGCAUUACCUUGGAACGCCAAACGAAGAGACCCUUUCUCGUAUUGGCUCACCUCGUGCGCAGGAGUAUGUUCGCAACUUGCCGUAUAUGCAGAAGGUCUCGUUCCAAUCGCUCUUCCGGAACGCUAACCCCGACGCCCUCGACCUCCUCGAUCGCAUGCUCGCCUUCGACCCGUCCAGCCGUAUCUCCGUCGAGGAUGCGCUCGAGCACAGGUAUUUGCAAAUCUGGCAUGACGCAAGCGACGAGCCUGUAUGCCCGACGCCCUUUGACUUCCACUUCGAAGUCGUCGACGACAUCCAGGAGAUGAAGCGCAUGAUCCUGAACGAAGUGCAGAGAUUCAGGCAUCUGGUCCGCGUGCAGCCUUCGCAGCAGGUCAACCCGGCCAUGCCCCAGGCUCCGCAGGUGCCCGUGCCUGAAAACUACGACAGAUCGACCCAAGAGUACCCAAGGCCCCAGGAAACAAAUGCCGGCGCGUAUGCCGGCCUCGAGGGCGACUUGGCCAUGGGUGCCGACGGCAUGGGCUAUGCAAGAUAAACGCGUCUCCGCAUUCGCGGGAGAGGUGGAUGUUCCCGCAUGCAGGAGGUACUAAAACGGUUUUUUUUUUCGUGAUAUCCUUUGGAUAGAGUUUACUGGAUGUAUGAUGACAAAAGAAAACGAAGCGCAAUGAAAGAAUGCGAAUGUGGCAUAUGCGUAUUACUGGGCUUAUUCUCCAAAAAGAACAAAAUUCGUAUUUCGUUCGUUACUGUA